AUGACACUUCUCUUCCAGAACGCCUUUUACGUAGGAAAUGCUUUCAAUGGGAUCCUGUAUGGUAUUGAGCUUAUGCUCUUUGUUCUGACUAUGCAGGCUAUUAUGAGGAAGCGACAUUCACGCGAAAAUCGCUUCGACAUCGUCUGGACAAUCUGCAGCGGUGCAGCCCUUCUCCUUAAUACCGCCUACGUUGCGACUGAGUUCGCAUUCGGUCAAGAGAUGUGGAUAGUGUCCGCCAAACAGCCGGGCGGACAAGCCGCAUACCUUUCAGACCAUGCGUCUGUAUGGUAUCAGACACUUGGAACCGCCGCAUCCAUCUUGCUCAACCUCCUGACCCAUGCCUUGAUGAUAUACCGGUGUUACAUCGUCUGGGGUCGUCUCCGGGUCAUCAUCUUUCCGUGCGUUCUAUACCUGUCCACCUUCUGCGUCGGGAUCGCUCAGCUAGUCGAGGCAGGCCUGCCUCUCCGAAGCUAUUUUACGGGGAACGCCCACAAGCUCGGAAUCGCCUAUACAACCUCCGUCAUUAGUCUCGAAGUCGUCGUGACCACGCUCAUCGCCGCGCGCAUCCUACAGCUGCGGCGGUGGUACGACGUAGCCUCAGCGCUGCCUCAAAAUAGAGUUAGCGCGGCGGCAUACACCUACACAGGCGCGGUGGCCAUCAUCGUUGAGUCCGCGCUGCCUUGUACCGUGUUUGGCCUGGCGUACCUUGUGUCGUUCGCGAUCAACAGCGACAUUUCUACUCUAUUCCUCUCUAUCUACGUCAUGUUCACGUGCAUCUCUCCGCAAUUCAUCAUUCUCCGUGCCCUGUGUGGGCGGGCGUGGACGCUUCGGAUGACAGAAAUCAUUCUAAGCGGCGAGUCGACCGACUACCCGGACCGAGUGGCGAUAUUCUCCUCUGCAUUCAGCGUUGAUGCGAGCAGCACAUCUUCACAGCUGUGCGGCCAUGAUAGCGAAGCAUGCUCUCCACAAGCAGAAGUUCCCGUUCCUAGGAUGUGA